CGGGCCUUUGAGAAGUCCCACUACCCCGAUGUCUACAGCCGAGAGGAGCUGGCCAUGAAGGUCAAUCUGCCUGAGGUCCGCGUACAGGUGUGGUUUCAGAACAGACGGGCUAAGUGGCGACGGCAGGAGAAAUUAGAGGUGACCUCCAUGAAACUACAAGACUCACCCAUCCUCUCCUUCAACCGCUCACCGCAGGCAACACCCAUGGGUCCUCUCAGCAGCAACUUGCCCCUGGAGACGUGGCUCAGCCCUCCUGUGCCCAGCAGCACGGCACUGCAAACUCUGCCCGGCUUUGUGGCUUCACCACAGAGCCUGCCCAGCACCUACACGCCACCACCCUUCCUGAACUCUCCGGCAGUCACCCACACGCUGCAGCCCCUGGGGACCCUGGGGCCACCACCGCCUUACCAGUGCGGGGCCAGCUUUGUGGACAAAUUCCCCUUGGAUGAGACAGACCCCCGCAACACCAGCAUUGCUGCCUUGCGGAUGAAGGCCAAGGAGCACAUCCAGUCCAUCGGCAAACCGUGGCAGACAAUCUGA